AUGGCCUCGAUAUUCAGUUUUGACCCAGAUCCCCCGCGGGUCUCUUCCCCGUGGCUGACCCCAUCUGACUCCCCCAAAUCCUCGACGCCCCAGCCUAGAGACGGGGCUGCCAUCUCUUCUGCUCUCCCAACUUCAGGACAGCUCCAGGACUAUGGAGUUACCAGGCUCGAGGCAGAGCCACAGGACGGCCCUACGGAAUACAAACUACAUCUGCUUUUGAGACCUAGAAGAACGUACAGUUCUUCUUCUACGGGGUCCUUAAUAUCGGGAUCCCAGCAGCACAAACAGCCGCAAUCCAACCCAUCUCUGCCCCAAGACUCCGGACCAACUUUGGCCGUUUCGAAUCAGUCCCGUCAACAUCGUCUCGAGCAAUUGACAACGCAGCUUUUAUGGCGGCUACAGCAGUCCUCGCCCUAUCAUGCUUCGUCGACGAGUGACCUGGUCUUGCCUAAAUUGCCAGAGGCUACUGAAAGCCUGGAAACGCCCUCACAUCCAGGUAAGCUUCUUGCCGGACUUGAGGAGAGCCGAGGUGCCUUUUAUGAAAUUGGUGUAUCCGAUGAUGGAACUUUCGUUGGAUUGACGAAAGAUGAGAUGGACGAGAGUUUGACGAAUCUUCGGGCCAUGGCCGCAAGUCUUGGUUGCAAUGUCGAAGUUGUGAGGAUGGUGGUUGUUGGGGAUUGCGAGUGGCACGAGCCUGUUGACCCUGCGUUGCCAGUAUCACAAUCUACGAAAAAGAGAUUCAGACCUGUAAAGUUUCCGGCUUGGCAAGGUGAACCCCUGCGGCAUCAGGCGCAAUUAUGGGUUGCGGAAGCACUGGUAACCCCCAAUUUGAGCUCGAGAAAGCCUAUGCGAACUCCUCAGCCGAAUUCGCCCUUUCGUCACGAGAGCCCAUCUCCAGUUCAAAAUGACGCUGACUCCGGUAGAAUUCCGCUGGCAGCACAUGAGGCAACGGAGCAACUUCGUAUAACUUUGACUGGGCCUACAACUUCUGGAAAGUCGAGUCUGUUGGGUACACUGUCGACAGCGACACUCGACAAUGGUCGAGGCAAAAGCAGACUGAGCCUGCUCAAGCAUCGACACGAAAUAGUGUCUGGUGUAACCAGUUCAGUGGCGCAAGAGCUAAUCGGUUAUAAGGACCAAGACGUUGUGAAUUUUGCUUCUGGGAAUGUGACUUCAUGGACCGACAUUCAUGCGGCUGCGGAAAAUGGUAGAUUGGUUUUCGUGUCAGACUCAGCAGGACAUCCCAGGUAUCGUAGAACUACGGUUCGCGGACUUGUUGGUUGGGCGCCUCAUUCCGCUGACGAUGGUGAAAAUGCUCCCAGUGCUGCUGGCGGAACAUCUUCUGCCCAAGAUAUACUAGGGAGUGCGGGAGCUGGUAUCGAUUUAGCAAAGGCCCAUUUAGGACUCUGCUUGAAACUGGAUAAGCCGUUGUGCAUUGUCGUCACCAAACUUGAUUUGGCUUCCAAAAGCAGUCUAAGACAAACUCUCUCGAAAAUCCUCUCCGCAGUUAAAGCCAUGGGUCGGACACCGUCAAUCAUACCACCGGAUCAAAGCAAAACCAUUGAUUCGGAUCUUACCACCAUAACCGCUGCCGAGGAAGAUGUAAUUCGAGGUGUGGUUGAGAAAAUGGGCCUUUCUGACGGUCUCACCUCCAUUAUUCCUAUCAUCAUGACAAGUGCCGCGAAAGGCACCGGAAUUCGUUCUUUGCACGCACUUUUAAAACAGCUUCCGAUUCCACCGGAGCCAACAUCCCAAGAUUUUGUUGGCCUAGCAUUGAAUCCUGAACAACCAGCCUGCCUGUUCCACAUCGAAGAUGUCUUUGGCCUACCGGCAUCUUUUGAACCGUUGGCAUCGAGCAGUGGUAAACAAACGGAUGCCGGGGUAGUGGUGGCGGGGUACCUUCGAUUUGGAAGCCUGGCCGUCGGAGACAUUGUUGUCAUCGGGCCAUUUCCCGCUGAAUGGGCGGAUAACGAUUCACCGCCGAACAAAUCUGGCUCUACAUCUUCUCCAAACAGCUUUGGUGCAUCGCUGUCGAAUACAUUGGCGACCGACCUUCCUCGUAUCGCCGCUCGCAAUGCGGUUUCAGCCUCCGUUAGCAAGGGGGAAUGGCAUAGCGCCCACAUCGCAGGCCAAGUUGGAAGCGUUGGCGUCGUCUUCGAUAUUCCAGAGCAAGAACUGUCAAAUGGGCCAUUCGAAAGACAGCCACCGGCGGCACCUCGAAUACGAAAAGGAUUGGUAAUGGCAAUCCCAACCCGACACAUGAUGGUUACCGGUCACAACUUACAGGCUGCGAGCGGGUUCACUGCAUCUUUUGAAGAUAGUGAUAUUAACUCGGUGACUCCUGGAAGUUUGGUUGUUGUGUACAUUGCUAGUAUACGUGCAUCCGCAAAAGUGGUACGACUGGUACCCCAUGUCAACAACGAAUCGACUGGCCGGAGUGAAGACUUGGUUGAUAUGUUUGGUUUGGACAGCAUUGACGAUGAGGCAGAAGAACCCGAGCCCUUGGUCUUCGGUUCUGACGGUGUUACUGAUGUGACUUUGGAACUCAUGACAAACCGUGAAUGGAUAGAAUUGGGGUCUCAAGUUCUUGUGAUGCCUGGCGGAGGGCAAGGUUUGUAUCACGGGUCCGAAAGGGGGGAGAAAGGUAUCGCUGGGUUAGAAGGCUUUGUUGGGCGAGUUCUGGAAGUCGUGGAUUGA